ACGUGUAUCUGUCAAAAUGGUUCGCGUAUAAGUAUUUUGAUUUCAUGAUGGAUAAAGAUAAUCCAAAUGAUACUCUAGACACCAUGUUUAACCAAGAAUCGCAAGAACAAGGAACAGAAGAUAACCCACCAAGUCAGGAUACUGAAGGUAGUAGUUUACAACAGGAAACAAGUAAUCUCCUACCUCCAACCACUAGUAGUAGUCAGCAGACUGCCAAAAAGACUGGCAAAAAAAGGAAACAUGAGGAGCAAGACAAGGAUCUACUUAUGUUGAAUGAUGCAUUCCAGGUGCUACGCUCAUCCAAUGAAAUAGCAAAUGACCCUUAUUAUUCAUAUGGUCAGCAUCUCUCAAAUGAGCUGAGAAAAUAUGACCCAAUGACACUCAGUUACGUAAAGCGGGCAUUUGCUGAUAUUUUAUUUGAAGCAGAUCAAGGUACAUUAUUUUAUAGGUACAAUACACCACAGAUAAGUGCAGUAUCCCCAAUUGAGUAUCAAGUAUUGACUUCAACAACUGCUUCACCUGCGCCAUCACCAGCGGAGACACAUCAAACGACUAGCAGUUUUUCUCCUUAG